CAAGGACACAUGAAGACAGGCAGAGAUCCUGUCCCAAGAUGGCAAUACCCGUGCUCCGGCGCCUCCAAAGAUUGACACUAGCUAAGCAUUUUCCACAUCCUCGGUCCCAGUUCAGCCAAUGCAACCCACAAGGCAAAGCUCGUGGGGAAGAAGUUAUAUGGAACAGAGCUAUAUAGCGCAGAUGCCCCCAAGGACAACAAUCCUUGUGACUCUCUAACCAACCUCAACGAAAUCGCCUUUUUCAAAAGGCACUCGAAUCAUGUCGCGCAUUCUUUCUCUCACGGCGUUGGGGCUCGCCUCCGUCGCUGCCGUCAUGGCACAGUCGGAACUCGACUUUCAGCCUUGUCCCACGCUGAACAACCAGAUUUCCAGAAUGAUGAACGGCAGUAUCUCAGAGUUCGACUGCGCGACUCUUUCAGUGCCUUUGGAUUACACUGAUACUUCAUCCGGCAACCUCGAUCUUAGCCUCUUCAGGGUCAAUGCCACUGCAGAACCAGUCUUGGGUUCGGUCUUGAUGAACUUUGGUGGCCCUGGAGGCACCGGCGCUGAGAAUUUACCCGCUUUCGCCGAACUGGCCCAUGCUGUCAUUGGUCCACAAUGGAAUCUCAUCUCCUGGGAUCCUCGUGGUACUGGUUUCACCAUUCCAUUCAUUUGCGAUCUUGAGAACAUUGCCACAAUCCCAGAGAAGAAGCGACAACUUGGAACCUUGGUCAGCACCAAUUUAACCCGUGUCUUCCUCAACGGCGGCUGGGAACUUGCUGGUGAACUCGCCGAGUACUGUGCUUCAGGCGCCAACGAGACUGCAGAGCUCAUUGGAACCGCUUUCACAGCUCGGGACAUGAUGGAGAUCGUCGAUGCCCUAGGCGAAGAUGGCCUCCUGCGCUACUAUGGAAUUUCCUAUGGUACUGCUCUUGGUUCAUAUGCCGCAGCAAUGUUCCCCGAGCGUAUCGAGCGCAUGGUUCUUGAUGCCAACGUGAACCCUCACGAUUACCAAGCCGGUCAUUAUGGACGAUUUGCCAACGACAUUGAUGCUGCUUUUGCAGGCUUUCUCCAAGCUUGCUUCGACGCCGCCGAUGAUUGCGCCUUGUACUCACUCUUGCAACCCAACUCCACACAGGAUCUGCUCGAUGUGAUCAAUCUCGUCAUUGGUCCAUUCGCCAUCAGCGCUGGUUCUAGCAUUGAAGGAUAUCUCGAGUACCUCGGCAUCAAGGGCAUUUUCAUUCAGCCUCUCUACGCCCCUUCUUCCUGGCCUGGAUUUGCCCAACUCCUGGCGAGCGCCUUCAAUGGUACCCUUGAUGCCCCCUCAAACGAACCUGCACCCGUGCCUUAUGGGGAGGCUGUAAACGCUGUCAUCGGCAUCCGUGCGAGUGAUGCCACAUUCAUCGCCAAUACCUCGGCACAAUACCUUCCACAAGUGCAGUUCCAAGCCAACGUCAGUCGUGGCUUUAGCGAUGUUUCGUACUUCACUCUAUGGGCAUCGGCACAGUGGACCAUCCCUGCCAAAGAGCGUUAUUGGGGUGACUUCCAGGCCAAUACCAAGACUCCCAUCCUAUACAUCAACGGAGAAUAUGACCCGGUCACUCCCCUGAUUAAUGCCUACAAUGGAAGCGCAGGCUUCAAUGGCAGUGUGGUCCUACCCCAUGGUGGUUACGGUCAUGGAAUCUUUGCAGACCCUUCGUCGUGCGUCGCAGAGUAUGUCCAGGCCUAUUUCCUGAAUGCCUCACUUCCCGAUGAAGACACACGUUGCGAGCCAGACGUCAGCCUCGUCCAGAUGUGGACAGCCACCGUGCAAGGAAGGGAGGUCAAUUUCACCGACUCACUCACUGGUUCCGAAACUGACAACAGCGGAAGCGGAAGUGGAAGCGGAAGUGGCAGCAAUGGGCAGGAAAAUAGCGCCAGCCAAGGCACCCCUCGUUCUGUCUACGGACUCGUUGCAGGACUCGCAAUUACCGCUGUGGCUCUGUUGUAACCGCCAGGCAUCUACACACCUUGUACAAACAAGCGACUCUGGCCGCUAAGCCAAAAAGCAGGUGGAUUUGUUACUCAC